UGGAGGCUGUCCAGUGUGUCCUGAGCUCCCGGCAGAUCUCGCCGGCUCUCAAGAGCGCUCCAGUGAAAGGGCCUCUCUUCUCCACGCAGGCCUGAAGGUGCCUUCCUCGGGCCUCAGGAUGCAAAGGUGGGGGUUGUGGGCCAUGGCGGCCUCCCUGACCCUCCUCCCUGCACAGGCCUUUCCGCAGACGGACAUCAGUAUCAGCCCAGCCAUGCCUGAGCUGCCCCGGGCUUCCCUGUGCCCACUCUUCUGGAUGGAGUUCAAAGGCCACUGCUAUAGAUUUUUCCCUCUCAAUAAGACUUGGGCCGAGGCUGACUUCUACUGCUCUGAGUUCUCCAUUGGGAGGAAGUCUGCCAAACUGGCUUCCAUCCACAGCUGGGAAGAGAAUGUCUUUGUGUAUGACCUUGUGAACAGCUGUGUGCCCGGGAUCCCAGCUGACGUCUGGACAGGGCUUCACGAUCACAGACAGGAAGGGCAGUUUGAAUGGACCGACGGCUCCUCCUAUGACUACAGCUACUGGGACGGGAGCCAGCCGGAUGGUGGCCUGCACACGGACCCAGAAGAGGAGGAUUGCGUGCAGAUAUGGUACCGGCCCACCAGCGCUCUGAGGUCAUGGAAUGAUAACACCUGCAACCACGAGUUCCCCUUUGUCUGCAAGAUCGCGUCUCUGACCAUUCACUGAUCCGGUCUUGCCCCCUCCCAGGGAGCCCGACUCCAGCACCGUCUUAUAGCUGUACUGAGUGUAGAUCCAAUACUCAAUAAAUGUGAAACACAGGGGAGAUAAAGCUCCCAGGCAGAGAUUUUAAAUAAGCAAGCCUUAAUGCUACAGAGUGGUUAUUUGGUCAUAAGUGACAGGAAACACAACUUAAACUGGCUUAGUAAAUAAAAGGGGGCGGUGGAUUUCCUGCUCUAAGUAACAGAAGUCCAAGUUUGUUCUAGAUUCAGAGUUGAAUUUCAUUGGCCUGGAUCAGUCACAUUCCACUUAGGCAUAUGUCCUUGGCUAGACCCCACUUAGAUGCCCAUCUCUGGAGCAGAAAGGGAUGGGAGUCAAUAUCCUCUGAACCACGUGGGCCCAAAGAGGUGGGCAGUUCCUGAGGGAAACACAUCAACAGAUUCAUACAUGGCUGGUGGGAAUAUAAGAUGGUGAAGCCAUUCUGGAAAACAGGAUGGUGUUUCCUUAAAAAGUUCAACAUAGAAUGACCCAGAAAUGCUAAUUCUGGGUAUAUACCAUGAGGGGUCAUUGCAGCAUUAUUUGGAAUGGCCCCCAAAGUGGAAACAUCUUCGGGGGUACCACCCAGAUGACCUCAUCCCAUGGGUCAGGGUCCCAGCCAGGUCCCUGACUAUAGUAUAAUGCAUGCCUACCUGGGGACCUACACUGUCUUUGAAGUUCGGUCACUCUGAGUCCUGGCCUGCCGUCUUCUUUGUCUUCCACCGAAGAGGCUCUCUGGCAUUCAGUCCCAGAGCAAGGGCCCAUUACUCAUCCUUGACUGAUAAGUAUCCUUACUUAUCAGUAGAACAGUAGAACGUCAAAGCCUUGUAGCAAGAGCCAUCCAACCCACUUAUGCUUUUGCAUACUAUUUUCUCUGUUCAUCAAUUACCCGAUCCAUGGCUUCUGCUGGUGCGUUCCCUCCUGCCAGGAUACCCUCCCUGCUCACUCCAGAGGGUUUAAACCACCUCGUGCCAUGGACUAUGCUCCACCCACCACAACCGAUUGCCAGCCUGGAGGCAGUCCAUCCAGCUCCUUAGCCCUGCAUUGUUGCCUGCUUCUUCAGACCGUUUCCCAUAUCAGUGGUUCCAGAUGGGGUGUUCUGGUAGCCGUCGCUGAGACGAAAUUUGGCGUAGAUAUCAUUUAAGGAUCAAUACCUGUGAAGGGAGAGCGGAGGAAGAAGUGGAACUGGGGUGUGACCUGGCAAAGGUCCUAGCGGGAGAUGCAAGAGAAAGAAAUACUGCCAUCAGAGUGGACCACAUGGGGUGGAAAGGGCCAGAUCUUUAGACCCGAACUUUAUACAGUGGGUGACGCAGUCUUCCCCAGAAAGGAUGUGAUUUCUCCAGAGCUGAUACUGACCCUGAAGGAGCUGACGGUUGAAAGCUCUCUGCUGUCUUUCUCGAAGGGGGAUCUGGGUAGUGCAACUCCGUGUUACCACAACUGGAAUCAAAAAGACCUAGGUUGGGGGCGCCUGGGUGACUCAGUUGGUUAA